ACAGUUAUCCCUGGAGCCUCACAAUCCCCCUGAGAGGAGAGAGAAUGGGAGAGGAACCACGACACUAACCCUGGACUACACACACUGACACACAACAGUAAUCCCUGGAGCCUGACAAACCCCCUGAGAGGAGAGAGAAUGGGAGAGAAACCACGACAUUAACCCUGGACUACACACACUGACACAACAGGGAAAAUGUAUGAAAUGUGUUGCUUUCUGUGACGGAAAGGGCCAGGAAUUAUAUCACUGGAUUGUUAAGGUUUCUUUCUCAAGGUCUGAGGCACACACACACACAGAGGGAGAGAGAAUGUCUUCAAUGUCAGAAGCAGACUCCCGCUGUAAACCAGGAGACACCAUCUGUAAUAUCCGUGUGUACGAGCAAGAAGUGAUCAUCGUGCCCAUCCUCCUAUUGGCUAGCUUCCUGGUCGUGCUGGUCUUCAUCAUCCUGCUACGGUACUGUCCUGAGAAGGUGGACCGCAUCCGACCACAGAACACUGUGGCCACGUCCAGAUCACAGCGCUCCAGAAGACAACUGCACGGCAUUGAUGCUCCCCUGGGUAUCAACCCGCUGGAACAUGAGACUAUUGCUCUCGAUACCCCCUCCUACUCUACCUUCUCAUCAACUCACUCCCACCCCUCCUCCAACCGUCUCUCCUUCUCCAUGAGGACUCCCUCUCUCCCCCCUAUCCCCCCACCCAAGACCUUCAUCCCAUCCUCCCUGUCCAGCCCCCUGCCCCAGGCGUUGACACCUUCCUUCACCCCUAUGGUCCAGCCCAGGGAGCUGCCUCGCCAGAGGCUGCCAGAGUCCUUCAACCUAGUGGCCUCGCUGCCCACAGCCUUCUCCCUGCGCUCUGACAAGGCUAUCUCUCUCUACAGGGCCCGCAUGGACAACAGGAACGCUGUGCUCCGAGUGCUCAACGACUCUGCAAGCGCCACAGAGAGGCACAACUUCCUGGGCUUUGCUUCCUUCUUGUCUCAGUUGGGGCCACACCCAUUCCUACCGGAGCUUCUGGGCGUGGUCUCUCUGCGUGUGCCCCUAGUUACCGUUGUUGAGGAGCUAGAGAACAGAGAUCUGCUCAGCUUCCUGUGGCGGUGCAGACAGGAUGGUGUGGGCGGGGAACCUCCAUGUGAGAUCACAGAGAGACGUAUAUUUACCAUGGCCAAACAAGUAGCCUCUGCUCUGGAGUUCCUCCACAGCCGAGACCUUCUUCAUGGCAAUGUCUGUGCUCACAGUGUAUUGGUCAGCCGGGAGCUGACGGCCAAGCUGUGGGGACUGGGCGGGGUCUACACCAGGAAUACCCAGGGAGCUACUAAGACUGAAGUUCCCAGCUUGAAGAAAUGGCAGGCCCCUGAGCUAUUGGCUAGGAGGCCUGCCAAUCAUAGCAGUGACGUCUGGUCGUUUGGCAUUUUGUUGUUUGAAAUGGCGACCUUGGGUGAUGCUCCGUUUUCAGAUAUCUCCGUCAACGAGCUUCUACAGUUUCACCAGAGAGGGAAAACACUGAGAAAGCCAGCCAACUGCUCCAACUCACUGUACUCCAUCAUCAAGGCCUGCUGCCAAUGGAAGGAGCAGGAUCGCGCCACGUUGGCCGAGGUCGACCGCAAGCUCCAAUCAGGAGAGAAGAGUGCCAACGACAAAGUCCUCAAGGUGCCUGAGCCAAUCAACAUCGAGCAGUACCUGCAAGAGGCUGGAUAUGGGGAGUCCAACAGCUACACUGUUUUCUGAGUGUCAGCUGUGCCGUCCAAUGAAAUGCACUAUGCCGAGGGACGACGGUGGAUGUUUAUAUAUGUUUGCCUCCAUUCAUUACAGAAAGAUAUUCACUUCCUUCUGCUCUUUUUCAGUCCCCUUCACGGGGGACUGCAUUUUUUUGUACCAUAGACUUAUGAUAAGUGUACUUGAACAGAUGCAAUCGUUGAGUCAACUUCAGUUUGUAGAUGAUUGUGUAUAUCAGUGGAGGCUGCUGAGGGGAGGACGGCUCAUAAUAAUGGCCAGAAUGGAGGGAAUGGAAUGGUAUCAAUUUCAUGUGUUUGAUAGUAUUCCAUUCACUCAAUUCCAGCUGUUCCACUCCAUUCCUGUCAUUAUUAUGAGCCGUCCUCCCCUCAGCAGCCUCCACUGAUGUACACUACCGUUCAAAAGUUUGGGGUCACUUAAACAUUUCCUUGUCUUCCAUGAAAACAUACAUGAGAUGAGUUGCAAAAUGAGUAGGAAAUAUAGUCAAGACAUUGACAUGGUUAUAAAUAAGGAUUUUUCAUCGAAAUAAUAAUUGUGUCCUUCAAACUUUGCUUUCGUCAAAGAAUCUUCCAUUUGCAGCAAUUACAGCCUUGCAGACCUUUGACAUUCUAGUUGUCAAUUUGUUGAGGUAAUCUGAAGAGAUUUCCCCCCAUGCUUCCUGAAGCACCUCCCACAAGUUGGUUUGGCUUGAUGGGCCCUUCUUACGUACCAUGCGGUCAAGUUGCUCCUACAACAGCUCAAUAGGGUUGAGAUCCGGUGACUGUGCUGGCCACUCCAUUAUAGACAGAAUACCAGCUGACUGCUUCUUCCCUAAAUAGUUAUUGCAUAGUUUGGAGCUGAGCUUUGGGUCAUUGUCCUGUUGUAGGUGGAAAUUGGCUCCAUUUUUAAGCGCCAUCCACAGGGUAUGUGUAACGGGUGUCGUCAUCGGAUGAGGAAUAAUGCUUUUUAUUUAAACUGAACACUAUAACAAAAUAACAAAGAGAAUAAACGAAACCAAAACAGUUCUGUCAGGUGCAGAAAACACUAAACAGAAAAUAACUACCCACAAAACAUAGGUGGGAAAAAGCUAC